AUGGAUUCCAGUAGAGAUUUAGAUGUGCAGCAGCAGUUGGGCAUGAGUGCAGGUGGUGCCGAGAGUGAUUUGAUGGUGGAAGAGAGUGGGUUGAAGAAAAUACCGGGUGAAAAUGCUCCGAGGCCGCACGUGUGUCCCGUGUGCGGGAGGGCCUUCCAUAGGUUAGAGCAUCAAACGAGGCAUAUGAGGACGCAUACAGGUGAGAAACCACACGCCUGUGACUUCCCAGGUUGUACUAAGAGAUUUAGCAGAAGCGAUGAAUUAACAAGACACAAGAGGAUACACACCAAUCCUAAUCCAAGAAGGAAGAGAGGGAGAAAGAAGAAAGUGCAGGACCCUGUUGCCACUGGGGAUGCUGCUGCAGGGCAUCCGGUGCAGUUUGAAAUAGGCGGUGGCGAGGGGAACUCGCCGCUUUUGGCUCAACAGGAACUGCUGGCCCAGCAACGGCAGCUACCGCCUAUACUGAAUGAGGUGUCACCACCUCAACAACAUAGUUACACGGAGGUGCCCUCUCCUCAACAGCCGCAGUUGUUACCACCACCACUGUUAAGUUCAUCAAGUCAGUCGAAUGUACUGAGCAAUAGUAAUAGCUCGAGCAGAGUAAGGUUGAACGCACUGUCCUCCUUACAGAUGAUGACCCCGCUACUAAACAAGAAGGACGGUGCAACAAAUGGGUUGAGGAAUGUCAGUAAUAAUGCGUUGAGGCCUACAUUCAUGGAUAUUCCAGACAGUAAUGCCAAUGGAGUUGGCACUACCGGGUACGGUGUGAGGAAACCGCUGUCGAGGUCCAGUUCAGGGCCGGUUUUGACGAGGCCCAAAUCGUUGACGGAUAUCAAGAAAUCUUCAGGACCGUUGAAUGACAGCGCAGCACGUGGGUCACCUAUUACAAGCACAAAGGGCAUCUCGAAAAUCCACAAGUUGAGGAGACCCACGUCAGCGUUAAGUUUGACAGACUUGCUGCUGAACAAUAACUCUGAUUCCGAUUCGGAAGAUGAUCUAUACAACACCUCUGUGGAUGAAACAAGGCUCAGAGAGGAGAGAGAUUAUGUGCAAGCCGGCUCACGGAAGAGGUCCAAGGCAUCCACGCCAACGACAACCCUCAGCAGAUCGGCAAGUGGCGUGAACAUCAGCCAAAAAGUGUUCCCAGUACCGUCAAACAGCAACUCUACCGCAAGUUUUGCAGACGAGUUGAACAAUAAGUUACUGGUAGUGCAACACGAGGCACAACAGACGACCACGCCGCCGCUUGUGUCACCGGAAAUGAAACCGCAGCAGAGUGAGGCAUCGUUACCCCCAUCAGAAGUCUACAAUUGCAAUUCCCAACCGGUUGACCGCAAAAAGGGGCUGCGAGAUGUCCCGACUUUCAAUUCCCACCACUAA